GCCGUUUCGGCUGUCAACACGCACCUGCCCUCCUUUUGCCCCCAGGCACGGGCCCAUGGCACGAAUCCCGGACUGCCAGGGUCACUUGAACGAGGCAGGAGGCAGUAACUGGACGCAGAAUAUGAUGAGAACAUUUGGAUCAAUGGCAAGAAGGUUGUUUCUGACAUUUGCAGCCCUCAAUGAGCGUGCCAGUGGGUGGCUCCCCACAGAGCUAUGCCGCCAAUGCUGGAAAUACCUUCCGGCAAGUGGCUACGGACCUGGCCAAUGAGCUAGUGUCACAGCUCACACAGGAACAUACUCGAGAGGUUACAGCCAUGUAUCAAGAGGUGCUCGCCCUCCGGAGUGAGCUCCAACGUGUAGCAGAACUGAUGCAGGGCUACAUGCAACGAGAAAGGCAACUUCAUGAAAUGAUGGAGCAGCUCACACAAACUUAUCAGGAGGCCACAUCUCACUUCCAUGCGGCUCAUGCUCAAUUCAAUGACCAUGCGCAUAGCACUACUAUGUCGCAUCAGCAGCAGCGGCAAGCGCUGGCAGAUCCAAUGCGAGAUACCGAGAUGGAACUGCAAAGGAUCAACGCUUUGCUGGCACAGCCUGCCAUACCCCCACCGGAAAGCAUGUAUCAGCCAGGAUUGCCGAGGACGCAACGACCUGUCAGAAGCAUGGCGCCCACUCGACAGCUGAACGUUUGAGCAGUUUCACUCAAGGUCACUGAGAUUCAAUGAGAGUCUGGUGCAAGAUGUCCAAGUCCACGCUUGGAGGACGAGACAUGUAGGCCAACGACCGUGCGAUCGGCAAAGUCCAAUACAGGACAGUGAACUUGUUCCGAAAAA